UGGGCUUCUUUUAGCUCUUUGAAAUUUGACUCUGGCUUUGUAUAAAUGAUUGCAUCUAAUGUGGCUAAUUUGUUGUUGCUUCAGGAUUAUACGCCUUAUGCCUGUCAGAAAAUCAUCUCAUCAACUCCCGGGGUAGGAGAUCAUCAUGGUUGUCCCUAUAAGCAUUUUGGUGAGGAGAAUCUAAGGGCUGCAAUUGCGGGAAUGAGAGUAGGUAGUCGUGCCAUGGAAGGUAUAAUGGCCAAAGUGCACAAUCGACAUUAACAGUUGGCAUGCACCUUAAUUUUUGAAGCUGUUCAUGGGUCAUCAUGUGACUAAGGAUUCAACCAUCCGAGCCAAUAUUUCGGUGACAGCCGAAAGGUCCUCAAGUUGAAGACCACUUUCGCGGCAUAAAGAGACAGAAUUUUGGGUAUCACUCAGGAUUCCAAAUUAUGCGGGCCUCCCCAGGUUGUGCUUUAAUCUUGUGGACCAACUAUUCUUUACACCUUCUUGCUUUUUGAAAAUUGUUUAUGCAGUUCCAUAAUUGUGGUUAGGCAGGAUGGAGGACCUAAAUGUUUAUUAAAUGAGAUGAACUCAAUAAUUUAUUAUUUUGUUUUUCAAUUCUUUUGCUUUAUCUCAUCCAUCAGGGUUGUUAUUCUCCCCCCUUAAUGCAAAUUG